GUUUGAUAGUUACUGUACCAUUCCGAUCACAAUAAAAAUAUUCCGAUAGUCCAUGAACGCAGCCUUGGGUUUGGUUUACACCUCAAACGCUUGCAAAAUGCUAAAGGAAAAUAUAUUAUUUUGGCAUCUCUGUGAAGAACAGCACGUCCUUAAAAACUCUGUAUAACAUAGUAGGCUCACAAUGGAUGAAGAAGCAAAGAUGCGAACCAGAUGUCAUCUUUUGGACUUGCCCUGGGAGGAUGUACUUGUUCCACACAUUUUGUGCUAUUUGCCGCUGCAACACCUUGUCAGCCUGCAGAGGGUGAGCAAGCAGUUCCACAGCCUCAUCCAGAUGUAUUUGGCCAACUGCAGGACUUUUGAUCUGUCCUCGAUUGGACCAUCCAUUCCCAAGGAAGCGUUUUGCUCCAUCUUAAAGGACAACAAACUUCUCCACAGCCUGUCACUCCAGAACUGUUCAGCCUGGGUGACAGACAAGGAGCUGCUGCCAGUUAUCGGCCAGAACCAACACCUGCAGAGAGUGGACAUGAGCGGAUGUGUUUGGCUCACCCGUCACUCCCUGGUGGCAGUGUCCUUGAGCUGCAUGCACCUUCAGAACCUCGGGCUGGCGCACUGCGAGUGGGUGGACAGCCUGUCCCUGCGCAGCCUGGCUGACCACUGCAGGGGGCUGCAGUCCAUUGACCUCACCGCCUGCCGCCAGCUCAAAGACGACGCCAUCUGCUACCUGGCCAAGAAGUGUUUGAAGUUGAGGUCUCUAUCUUGUGCAGUCAACGCCAACAUCACUGAUGAGUCAGUGGAGGAGGUGGCCAAAAACUGCAGGGGCCUGGAGCAGCUGGACCUGACAGGCUGCCUGCGGGUCAGGAACCAGUCCAUCAGGACUCUUGCAGAGUACUGCCCGAAGCUGCAGUCCUUGAAGGUGAAUCACUGUCACAAUGUGACAGAGUCAAGCCUGGAUCCUCUACGGAAGCGCAAUGUAGUGAUAGACGUUGAGCCACCUUUACAGAGGGCUCUGGUGCUUCUUCAGGAUGUGCUGGGGUUUGCUCCCUUUAUCAAUCUCCAGAUAUAGCCGAAGGGCCAUCUAUCUGUCCAACAAGUGCACACAGGUGUCCUCAUCAAAGCAGUUACUCUGCUGCAUCACGUGUACGUGAGUUGCUCUCACGUCAAGACAAUUCAAGCAGACCUGGAUGUUUUCACACUCAAGUUUAAAAAUAAUGUCGACAAAAACACUCACUGGAGUGUGAUCAAAAAUGCAUAUUUAAGAUGAAACUGAAAACAAGUUUGCAUUUGCAAAUGACUGAAGAAAGCCAUGUACUUUUAAGAAUUUCUGCCUCAUGUCCAAAAGAUGUCACUGCACUAUUUGGUAAUCAUUCAGUGUUGUAAUAAUGUGGCUAUUUAAGUACAGACAAUUAAGUAAAGUGUAUUGUUUUGUUGUUGUUAAACUACAUACUUUACUUUGUGUGUAUGACACUUUAAGAAACAUUUAAUCUUAUGUUUCAUUUAGAAACAUUAAAAAAAUAUGUUUGAGUUUAAUUAAACAUUUCAUUUUGCAUGUAUGUGCCAGUUUAAAAUAUAAAUUCACCCAAAUCACGCAAAAACAUUUUUUCUCACUUGCACCUUCAUGUGUCCAGGUUUUUUUUAAUGUGUCUGCACUACUGAGACUUCUGCUUUCACCAAAAUACAAUGAAGGUGAAUGCAAUUUUGUUAGUGGUGCUUAGGCAUGGGCCGGUUACCGGUUUCAAGGUGUACCGUGGUUUGAAAAAGUUUCAAAACCACUGAACUUUUCUGUCAUACCGUUCCUAAGGUAUGAGCUGUUUUUUGUGAAGGACAUAAAGUGCAGUUUAGAAAUCUCUCUCCCUGCCAGUGUGCAGUGGGUUAAAUACAUUGUGUUGAAUGGAAAAAAAAAUUUUUUUUACCCAGGCAUUUAAAAAAAACUAAAACAUUCUAAAGCUGUAAUUGUAAUACUGUGAAACCGUGAUAUUUUUCCUGAAGGUUAUCAUACCGUCAGAAUCUUAUACCGGCCCAUGCCUAGUGGUGCUGACCAUGUGUCUUCCAGAAACAAUGUCCUGGCUCCUCAGGAUAAUUCACCGUGUUUCACUGCUUCUCUAUAAAAACUGUUGACAAGUUUUGUUGCUUACAGAAACCCCAAAACUAUCUGCAUGUGGCUAGAUGCCAUGUUGAGCUCAGUGGGAAAAUGUUUAUACAUUUUCUUGUGACGUGGGUGAAGCAACCCAUAAUCCAUAUUGUUAAUAAAUGAUUACUUGUAUAGCCUGGUAUUUGUUUGAAAUAAGUAUAGGAAUUUAUUAUGACCCAUUAAACCCUUGAAAUGAGCUUUGUAAAAAGUACCUGUAAAAUGCUGUUGCCCAGUAAUACAGUAUAUAAAUUAUAUAUGAAAUAUUAAAUUGCAAAAUACCUUCAGAAACGACUGUUGUCACUUUCCCACUCUAUACGUUUAAAUAGUUUUUAUUCAAGGUAACAUGAGGGGAAAGAUUUCUGGGGUGCUAAAAUCAACAACUGCCAUUACCGAAUUAAUGUACCAAAAAUCACAGAAUUUUAUAAUGACAAUGUGGAUUGGUGGAUAUUUGUCCAAGCAAGUGAUAAAUAUGACAAAGACAGUAAAACAGUACUCUUCAAGUACAUGUAACAUGGUUUUUAGCAAAUUAAGAGGCAAAGUUGAUUUUUCCACAUACCUUGACAGACUUAAUAUUUAAAAAUGAUUAAAAACAAUGGCCAGGGCCUACUUAUUUUAUUCUUUAUUUCAGCCUCUUAAUGAAAAUAAGACAAAUUUGGCCCAUAUCUGUAAUCUGAUGUGAGUAACAGGAUCCCUAUAAUUCCUAUAAUUUCCUUGAUUGUCAAGCAUAAGAGGGUAAGGAAAAAGCAUUGCAGUGGUGGAGUUAAAGAUAGGGUUCACCUCUUCAAUGCAAAGCUGUUUUAUGACUCAAAGUGACACAAGGUGGCAGCAAUGAGUCAGGAUAUGUUUUAAUUCUGUUGUUUGAGAGGCUGUAUGACUUACUGACUAAACUACAGUACAUUCAGAAACCAUUGUGAUAGUCUACAAUGUUAAAUAUGUCAGAACACAGUGUCAGGUGUAAAUAAAAAGGCCAGGAAUCUCUUACUCUAAGA